CUCCUAAAAUCUUUUUAAAAGGAUGUCCUCUUUUUCUCUCUCUCUCUCUCUCCUCUCUCAUCGUGUUUACAGCCUUGGAGAGCGUUGCAUAUCUGACAUUUCUCUCUCAAACUCCAACCAGCUCUGUUCUCAUCCGAAAGCAGCAGAGAGAAGACCGAAACGAGAAGAGGUCACCGUUUUGUGUUGCGUAAACCAGGACUGAACCACUUCGGGGCCACGCAGCCGAAAAACACCCCAGACCUGAGCUCAUCUCCAACUAGCAGCAGCGGUUUGAUUCCCCCGAUUUCACCUCCUUUAAAACCAGCCGGACCAGCUCAGUCCAGCUCCGCUCGGUCCAAACAGGCCCCCGCAGCCUGACCCAACUCUCUCGCCUCUCGUAAUCCAGCCAAUCAAAAUCUAGCCCGGGCCCGCUGACUCCAUGGAGCGCGUUCAGCACAUGACCAAGUCGGCCAUUCGCCGAGCGUCUCAGAUUGAGGUGAAUCCACAGGCCAAGAGGAACCUGCAGGAGCUGUUUGUCAACUUCACCCUCAUCCUCAUCUGCCUGCUCCUCAUUUACGUCAUCGUCCUGCUGAGCAGCUGAGAGCAGCAGAGCCAUACGCAGAGGGAGAGGGAAUAUGGCAUGGCCGUGCGGCUGUGGGCCAGGGUUUGGCUGAGAUAUGGGCUUUCUGAUUUCUUAUAAAGCAAUAUUAGGGCUGCACCGUAUAUUGUUUUUCUUUUUUUCUUUAAAUCAUCAUAGCAAUAUUAACUGGCGCAAUACAACAUAACGUGAACACACUCUGAGAUUUUUUAUCAGUAGAAAACUGCACUUUAAAAGGUGACGGUCAUUUUAUAUUCCACUCGAUGUUCAAUUUGCUCAAUACAAUAAUGUUGGAAAUGAUUUCCUUUCAUUUGUUUUAAAUUCAACAAGCAAUUUGUUGUGUUUUAGCAGAGACACUGAAAGCAGCAGAAAUGCAGAUCUGACUACACUUAGAUGUAAGUUUAUUUAUCCCAAGUAAUGUUGCAAUUGCAAAAAUUGAACAACGCAUCGCAUAUUUUCCUCAUAUCAUGCAGCCCUAAAUAAUAUCAACCCCAUGUAUCAGCCUAACCCUGUUUGACCACAGCUACGACGAAGGAUCAUGGAGGUCAAAUGAAUCCAUGUGAAAACAAUAAUGGCCAAAUCCUCUCAAAUGGUUUCUAUCAGAGCUGAUCAGGGAUCAGUUUCCCAGCCUCUUGCUCUCAAGGGAAUGAUCAACAGUUUAAACUUCACUCAUAUACUGCGUGGAUGUGAAUCUGCCUGCUGCUCAUUCACAAAAAUAGCACCCUGCCCAGUGAUUACAUUACAAUGUGUUCACUUAAGUUGAUUUACAAAGAAGACUGACUCCCUCCAUUCAAGGCACACUGUAGGACAUUGUCUCCUGCUUAAGUAUUAAUAGGUACAAUGUUUGUGUAUGGUACCGAAAUAUCAAUACAUCACUGUUUAAUUUCCGUUUCCCAUAAACUCUGUCGCUUCCUGCAGCCCACCACCACCAGGGGAAAGAUAAACAUGCUGGAAAUGAUUUUAAAAUUUUUUUUUACCAUUAGCAUUUUUAUGUCCUGUCCAGAGACAUGAUCUGUGGCAUUUCUGUAUUUAAAAACGUCUGCUGCCACCUUGGCAGUUAUUAGAGCCUAAAAAUCUAAAAUUUAGCCAAGAAAGCAACAAACAGCGUGGCUGACCCUGAUGACCCUUUCAUCACCAGUAUGACAGAUGACCAACUAGUGUAAUAUCUGCCAUGUCUGUAGCAUGUCUGAUAUUACACUUAAGUGACCGUUUCUUGCCUGACAUACAACACUUAGGAUACUUAGAGAUAAUUCUAAGUACUGCAGGCCUAUAAAGUAUGUGAAGUAUAGACUGAGAGCAGAUUUAACCUUUAGGCAGCUUACCUGCAGGCGUUUCUGAUGGGCUACAUGAACAUUUCACUCAUAAUUUACUAUGUAAAGUAUGGACUAAACUUGGCUUGGGCUUCAGCGAUCAAUACACACACACACACACACACACACACACACACACACACACACACACACACACACACACACACACACACACACACACACACACACACACACACACACACACACACACACACACAAAGGCCUGACAUAUACAGUUUAUCAGUUGUGAAGAAGACUUCACUUUGCAUGGUGUGAAUUGACUUAAUGAAGUUUUCCUUUUAUGCCAUUUGAGUUCUGUUUAGAUAACAUAACUAUUAUUGACACGUGCCCUGACGCUGGCAGCGACGGUGUAUAAAAAGAAACUGUAAAGUCUGAUGUGUAUUCCACAAGAAUCUAAUAUAUAUUUAAAAAAAUAAAAAUAAAAAUAAAAAUAAAAAAAAUUAUAAUGCAUCUUCAAUAUAUUGCCAUGACUGAAAAUGUAAAAAAUAUCAAUUACAUUUCAAUUUGGGAUUAAAAAUGAUUGAGAAGAAAUAGCAGUUUUUUUUCCUUCUAUGUAUGUUUGGAAAUUGUACCACAUGACUUUCGAACUAUGGAACACCUAUGAAAUUGCAUGUCAAUAAAAUUUAAGCGGUUUCUCCUGC